AGGAGUCAUACAGCCCAUGGCUGUGCAUACGUCCAAUACGUCCAGUGCAUACCAUGCUAACUACUGCUGUGCUCAACCGAAGCCACCAAGUACUUGUGUGGCUUCUGUUUCAUUUCGCCGUUCUCCUUCCUUAAAUAUAUUUUCUCCACACCUUUCGGCUGACCCCACGAUCAGGCUGUGUACGUACGUGCGCCUGCUUGCUCGUGCCUUGGUCCUUUUUCCUCUUGCGUUUGUCGUCCCUUCAACUCAAAGUAUAUUUCAUUCAGUCAAGUGUGUCCAUGUUCAUAUUUCUAUAUACCUGUUAGUAUCCCAAGUUGAAAAGUUGUCAAUUAGGCGGCCCCAUCCUUACCGUGAGGGCAACCCCCCUUCAGUGUACUGAAAUCCUCCCAACCCUCGAUGAAUUCCGAGCGCGACAACAUCUCCCACGAUAGCCUUGCGCGGCCGAGUUUCGAUCUCUCGUUAAGAGCGCAUUAUUCAUGAUUUAGUUUUACCAAGGCGCCGAAGAUUAAUUAUAUAUAUCGAAGCUCAAGCACCGCCGUCGUCGCUCAACCCACCGGCGGCUUUAUCGUCUUCGAUGCAUAGCACUUUCGAAACUUGACUUGCCGAUGGCUCACUCUGCCCACAUUGCCAAUACUCCACUCUUGAAUAGCCGUUAUGGCGAUAGACCUGCCGCCAGGCAGCCGUCACAAAAGCUGCCCACGGGCGCUUGCAAUUAUACAAACCUGAGCAUUGGCAAUAACGCAAAAUGCGGUUGUCAGCGCUUUUGCGACCGGUCGGAAUACUCGGCCGGGUCGAUAAAUGCGGAUGGAGAACUCGAGGUUGAGAAGGUGGGUUGGUGCAUGUGCGAGCACCAUGCAUGUUUCCAUGAAGUUGGAAAGCCGGCGGAUGAAGUCGCUCUGAUGCCUAUCCGAUCUCGACAAACCUCACACGGAGGCGACUCGUCGCUCCCGAGCACGUACAGGGACCCUCCUAAAGCCCCAAGUAUCUCUUUGCAACGAGCAGCCCCAGUGAGCUUCAAUAAUGGGACACAAGCCGGGAAGCAACUGCCAACUCCUGGCGUGGACACCGAGACCGGCCCUCCAAGAAGUGAUACAGGAACCCCCGGACCGAACUUCAUUCCCCAGGAUACUGGGCUCCCUCCUAUUCCAUCGCAGUGUUUGCUGUCCUCAAAUAUGAACUUGAGUGCUCUUGUGGGAGCACCGCUUUCGUUUAGAUCGGCAGCAUCUCGCGAGGAGCUCAGAGCGAGCACUGGAUUGAUACAUGACUGGAUUCCUCACCCCAUCCAGGCCGGCUCAUAUAACGAAAGCCUAACCGAUGCUGCAUCGCCUUUAUCUGGAUACCUAGAGAAUGCCGAAUUUCAUGACAAGCUUAUGACAGUGGAGACCGAGAAGAGCGGCGCAUCGCAGACAAACCUGGGUCAGAAACCAUCGUCUCAGGGAAUGGACCUAUUGGUCUCCACAAACGAAAACGACGAACGCCUCACGUCUGUCGUAGCCCAGUCCGAGAUGGAUGUUGUCAAUUCUACUCCCAAUUUCCAUCAAAUUUUACCAUACGUUUCGGAUAUUCACAAACAUUAUGCGGUUAAGCCAACAUUGAAAGACACUUUGCAGAACCAUGAAGACCGUCUUGAUCACUUGGAGAAUGCUACCCAUAGCUGUGCAGCUCCAACCGACGCUGGGAAUUGUGACUGUGACUGCGACUUGCUUAGCCAUAAGCAUGAGAAAAUAGAGUGCCGGAUGGACCGUAUCGAGAAGGCUCUCUCUACCAAGCGAUUCCAGGAACUUGGUCUUGCUGGCCGUGGCAAUGGGUCAGUGACGUCGGAUAAUUCGACCGUGAUGACCUCUACGGGCCACGCGGAAAUGUAUUCCCGGAUUGACUCACGUAUCGAGGCCUUGGAGUUUCGCCUAGGUGAUCUUGAUAACGCCAUGCCUCCGUCGGCGACCAAUCCAUGGGAGUUUGAGGUCAUAUUUCUACCAUACGGACUUGACAUGAAUCGAGUAUGGUCUCGAACGGGCAACCCCACGCAAAGAAAUGCCUGGAGUACGCAAGACACAUCAUCUCCCCAUAUGUUAAUGGGAGCACUGUCUCAACGGUUUUUCAGCAAGGCGGCCACAGAAAACUCCUGGGAGCACAUACUAGAAAAAUCCCAGCCAACAUCAACUGUUUUCUCGGCAAGGGCUUGCGGCAUAGAGAGUGUGGUCGACAAGCGACUGCGCAGCAGAGGCCUUGUGAGGACAAUCCAUGUUAAAGGCCCGGAUGCCCAGCACGUUCAGUUUGCCAUGUUUGAAGCAUUUGAAGAUAUACUUCAAACUAUGUCUUCUGGUAUCAGCUCACCCUCGAAAAUCCCGAAACCUCUUCGGCGGUACCGCGAAGCUCUUGGUACAUCAUGGAUCCCAUUGCGGAAAUUACACAAGGACUCGCAACUGCGAUUCUUAGAAACCUCCGAGAUGCUGACGCCAACACUGUGGACUGCAUCCUUCCUCGCGGAAGUAUCUAUGCAACAGUCUAAUAUAAGGCGCCUUUACAUAACAAAUAAAGACGGCUAUGUUCAAAACGGAUCCGCGGGUUGGACAUGGCAGAAGAUUAGGCAUCUGCCUCUAUUCAACGAGGGAAGCAAUUCCGCAGCAAGCAGCGACGAUGGCUUUCAAGCAAGCAGUAGCUUCAAGCCCAGCCAAAUCCAAAUCCAUGAGCCACACUGGCACUGGGACGAAAGGCUAGAUGGACCGGUUGUUCAUCAAACCGUUACCACACAGCAGCUGUCUCUCGCCAUCAUUACAGCACCAGAAUCCGAUGAGGGUCAAGCUUCCCCAACUUCUAGUACAUCGUCUUCUGAGUACUCGCCUCCACUUCGGUCGCGCACACCUGCCUCCGAGGCCUUUGGACAGCCUAUAUCGCCACUCACCGAACGCAAUUUAGCCCGCCCGAUCCAUGGCCGUACAACAUCCAUGCCAAUCACUGUCCCGAUCAACUUCCGACCCUCACCGGGGAGCCAAGGCAAACGCCGUAUUACGUCUUUCGAGCUUCAACAUGAGCGAGUGACCCACUCGCCCUCCCCUUUCGCCCCGAGACACUCCUAUAGCUUCUCGGCGAAGCGCCAGCGUACUCAAUCACCCAACCGUCCGCGUGACACCCCUCGCUGGAGCGCCGAGCCCCCUAGCCCUUACGUCUUUGAGGAGGAGCGAGAGCAUAAGAGAGGGAUGACGCCAUUCGCGUAUGCUACACCUCACAGCAAUGCACCUUAUAUUUAUAACGAUAGACGGUCUAUGAGCAACGUCCCGAAUGACUGGGGCAUCGACAUCGGCAACGAAGACAGCCCUACGGAUGAAUUUGAGACCGAUGACAACAAUAAUGAAGAUUAUAUGUCGGAUACGGACCAGGCUUACCAGCAUGAGGAGGAAGACUGGGAAGGCGUCAACGAAUUAACGGCCGAUCAAGUUAAGAUGGAAGAGGAGGACGACAAUAAUAUCGAGGCUAGGGCGUUCUCAGAUGACGAUGAAGACGCAGUGAGUGAUACGAGUAGCACGCCCAGCGAGUACCCGAGCACCCAGCCGUUGGCGAAAUAUUCUGGAAAGAAGGGAACGUUUGAGAUUCAUGUUGAUGAGGAGAAGUGAUGUAUGAGUCUGAACUGGUAGGCACUGACUGGUUGUGGUUUUGGCCAGGAGGCAUUCAGGGGCCACAAAAAACGGGGGCGUCAUGCUCAGGGCGUUUAAGGGUGAAGCUUGGUAGCCACCGUGAGAGGCCAUUAGAUUGCCGGUGCGAUAUUCGCCUCGUAGCUCUCCACUAUCUUGUAUAGAUAACAGAAAUAUCUCAAAAUAAUUUCGUACUCUUUUUGCUGUGUUGACAGUGCGUACAAUGCAAUGGUGGUGGUGUUGAAGCUUGGCUGUAGCCCAUGAAUGUGUCAGAUGUGGGACCCGAGCUUAUCCGCUAGGUCACGAUGAUGACGCCGAAAACCCCGCGACAAUUUUGACAAUUCUGACAAGAUACACACAACAACGAUGGG